AUGGUACUUUUCAAACGGAAUAAAAUAUCAUUAAGUGAUACAAUCCCAUCAGAGGAGCCGCAAAAGUCUAGAAAACCUCCCAACACUGCUUUCAGACAGCAAAGGCUUAAAUCGUGGCAACCAAUUCUCUCACCUCAAAGUGUUCUGCCCCUUUUAAUUUUAGUUGCAUGCAUUUUUGCCCCCAUCGGUGUUGGUUUAAUCGUUAGUGUUUCAAACGUACAAGAUCUAGUAAUAAAUUAUAGUAAGUGUCAUGAAUUAGCAUCAAAGGAUUCAUUCCAAAGCAUACCAAACAAAUACGUUCAUUCUCAUUUUAAGAAAAGUCUAUCUGUAAAACCAAGUUGGAAACUCGAUGAAAACAAAAACGGUGACUUAAAGUGUCAGUUACAAUUCGAAAUUCCAGAUAACCUGAAGCGUUCAGUCUUCAUUUACUACAAGUUGACCAACUUCUAUCAAAAUCACCGUAAAUAUGUGGAAUCUCAUGAUACUGGUCAAUUAAAAGGUAAAGCGAUCCCCCCAAAUAAUUUAGAUAAUAAUUGUAACCCAUUGAAAGAAAAGGACGAGAAAGCUGUUUAUCCCUGUGGACUAAUUGCCAAUUCAUUGUUUAAUGACACUUUUUCCCAAACUUUAAAAGGCCAAGGUAAUGCUACCGAUUAUUCGUUGACGAAUAAAGGUAUUUCUUGGAAGACAGAUCAACAUAGAUUUAAGAAGACUUCUUAUAACGCUUCUGAAAUAGUACCACCACCAAACUGGAUAAAGAAAUUUCCCCAAGGUUACACCGAUGAUAAUAUACCAGAUAUAUCUACUUGGGAAGAAUUACAAGUGUGGAUGAGAACUGCGGCAUUGCCAACCUUCUACAAAUUAGCUCUAAAGAACGAAACUACUGAAUUACCGAGCGGUAAUUAUACCAUGGAAAUCGGGUUGAACUACCCUGUAUCAAUGUUUGGUGGUACUAAAUCACUCGUCUUGACGACAAACAGUGUUAUUGGUGUUCGUAACAUGUCCAUGGGAGUUGUCUAUUGUAUUGUAGCUGGUGUAUCAGCCCUGUUUGCCAUUAUAUUUUUAAUCAAGGUGAUCAUACGACCAAGAACAAUGGGAGAUCAUAGUUAUUUGAGUUUUGAAGAACCAUUUGAAUCGAGGGAAAGAUCACCAUCUGGUAACAUUCCCACUAGAGAAAUUUUGUAG